UUUACUCCAGCGUUUCGCACGCACUACGUGGAAAUUGGGAUCUUUUGCUAGAUAUCAUCAGUGUAUUGUUUGUGUGGUGAUCACGUGAUGGUGGUGUGAGUGAAAUGGGGUUGAUAUUUCUGAAAUUCUUUAGAUGCGAUGAUAGGAUUUCUACCUGAUUGCAAACUGUGGCUUAUAUUAGACUGAUAUGGAGAAAUAGAGGCCUACAUACCACAGAUGGGAAAUUUACAAAUCUCCGUUUUAAUUUUGUUAGUUAUGGCUAUUUUACUGUUGGUAGUCUUUUUGGCUUUCUGUUAUUCAAUGGAUGUUUUCACGUGGAUUACCGCCUGGGUGUGUUCAAACCGAGAAGAAAAGGUCGGCCUAACUAGAUCUAAAGGGCACUAUAAUGCCAACGGAUAUUUGUCAAAUUUUCAGGUUCAUUCCGACUCGGAUAUCCUCUUAGAUUCGACAGGCAGUUUCAAACGAUUUGAUUCGGUUGAUAGAGAUUUCAAAAUCACACUUGCCACCACAAGCCUUAUGGGUGAAUGGAAUAGUUAUGAGGAGGACAACUCAAUACCUCCACAACCACUUCGACCAGCACCUGUUCCUUCACCAUCACCUCCGCCAACAAUCAAAGAGAGCCCUUUAACCAGAAAGCAGAACAGUAGCGAAGAUUCGAUCGAGAGGACAUCAAUUUCGCCAAUUCCCCGACCAGUAUCUUCUGUCAACAUGGCGACAUUAGCCUCUCAAUCAUCAUUUCCUGUCUAUAUAACGCCACCACCGACUCCUUCCACUCCGUCUCAUUUCACUACCCAACAAGUGGAACCUCCAGUCGAAGAAGUUGAAACCGUUUCGGUUGCCCUGAAAAGAGCUCUCUCCUGCGAUAGUGUCUGCUCGGACACUUCUGUUGCCUUAGGAGAUCUUGAAGAAGUCAAUAUUACAGGGUAUUUGUGCAUCGGACUAGAAUACGAAAGCGAAUGUUGCGACUUGGUGGUAAACGUCCUGGAAGCCAAAGAGUUGAUCGGUCCAAACCGCACUGAAAACGUGUCGGAUUCCUACGUUCGCGUAUUCCUUCUUCCCGACAAAGAAGCGACAAUUCAGACGAAGGUUUACCGAGGUUCAAACAGUCCCAGUUAUAAAGAACGCUUCCUUUUUUCGAUGUAUCCGAGGGAGCAAUCGCAGAGAUCCCUUUGUUUCCAUGUAUAUUGCACGGAUUUAUUGUCGCACACAUUGAUCGGCGAAGGAGAGAUUCGUCUGGGAGACAUAAGUUUGCGACAACCGGUUACUACAUGGGUCACCCUUACCGACACGGGACAGAAGGGAACGGAGUUUGGCGAAAUAAUGUUUUCGCUCAGCUAUUUGCCUACAGCUGAGAGACUGACAGUCGUUGUUGUUAAGGCGAGAAACUUGAAGUUUCAAAACGACUCGCCUGGUGAUUCUUUUGUCAAAGUUUAUUUAAUGCAACAAAGUAAAAAAAUCAACAAGAAAAAAACGUCGACAAAGAAAGCCGAAAGAAGCCCAAUUUUUAACGAGUCAAUGAUGUUUAGUGUACCUGCUCACACCUUAUCGACAAUCCAGUUACGUCUGACUGUGGCCGAGGCCCCUCCUAACCCCACAGCAAAAGCAUAUGCCAUAGGUCAUGUAAUAGUAGGAGCUCAAGCUACUGGCAGAUCGUUGAAUCAUUGGAACCAAAUGUUAACUGCCCUAAGAAAACCCGUCGCCAUGUGGCAUACCCUUCGAAAAUAAUCAUCCUCUUGUUUGUUGUAUUUAACAAUCCAUUUGUAAUAUUGAUUGUUAUAAGCCUAUCAAAAAAUAUACGUAUCUCUUAGAACGAAAUUAAAUAGCAUGAUGGCUGAAAAAGACUUUUUUUCGAUGGGCUUCAACUGUUAUUUCAACUGUUUCCGGUAUUGUGCGUAAAAAUACACACUUUCAAAGUGUCUACUUCCAUAAAUGUGAUAAAUAGCCUUUAUGCUGGUUUGAAAUAUAAUACCGUUGAUAUUUAUGUAUUCAAAUUCUAUUUAUAUGUUGAAUGUAGUCACUUUGUACCUACCGAAAACAAUCUUAAAAUAAUUAAUAAACACAGUUGAAUCUUGAACUUAUUGUGACAAUAAACUUUUUUUGUUGACUUUCUAGUUGUAGAUUUUUUAGAUUGGUAUUUUUGGCUUUAAGCUGUGAUACUUCGGGCACAUCCAUCAUUUCUCAUAACGUUUGUAUCCCAAAACUGGUUGUUUGUUGUAAUCGUAAUAAAACAUUAC